AUGAUCUUUAAUUAUCCUCUCAGUUCUCUUUGUACUCAAUAAUAGUUUAUAAAAAAUCUGAGGAAAAAAAGCGAAAAAUUAAAUAUGGGAAUGAGAAGGCACGGGCAAUCCUCCGGUUCGAGCAAUGACCCUGGGCCCAGUGGAGAAUCCGGUCGGACUACUUCCUCGACCACCACAGCUAGCAACGAACCACGGCGGUUUCCGCUAGCUGCUCAGCCAGAAAUAAUGAGAGCCGCCGAGAAAGAUGACCAGUACGCUUCCUUUAUUUACGACGCUUGCCGCGACGCCAUUCGUCACCUCUUUGGUACAAGAGUUGCUGUAGCUUACCAGAAUGAGACAAAGCUUUUAGGGCAAAUGCUAUAUUAUGUGUUGACAACAGGUUCAGGACAGCAAACCCUUGGUGAAGAGUAUUGUGACGUUACUCAGGUUGCAGGGCCGCAUGGACUUGCUCCAACACCAGCGAGGCGUGCUCUUUUCAUUGUAUAUCAGACGGCUGUUCCUUAUAUUGCAGAAAGAAUUAGUUCAAGAGUUGCGUCCCGUGCCAUUGCACUUGAUGAUUCUCUGUCUGAUGAGCCUUAUAGAGACAUUGCUUCAGGGACCAGUCAAGCUCAAUCCCCCAUAAUAAUUGAAUUACCGUCUUCAUCUUCUUCUGGGACAUCUGUUUCUGUACUAUCAAGGUUGAGGCAGAAAUUUAAUGGAAUAUGGACGCAAGCAAUUCAAAGAUGGCCUACGGUACUUCCUGUAGCUCGUGAAUUUCUGCAAUUGGUUCUUCGCACAAACCUUAUGUUCUUCUACUUUGAAGGCAUGUAUUAUCAUAUAUCCAAACGUGCAUCUGGUAUACGUUAUGUAUUUAUUGGGAAACCAUCCAAUCAAAGGCCUAGAUACCAAAUACUUGGUGUGUUCCUUCUCAUUCAGCUGUGUAUCAUUGCUGCUGAAGGUCUCCGCCGCAGCAAUUUAUCUUCUAUUGCAAGUUCAGUUCAUCAGACAUCCUUGGUGUCCCACCAAACUGCAGGACGUGGUUUGCCUGUCUUGAAUGAAGAAGGCAAUUUGAUACCUUUGGAGGCUGGCAGUGGGAAUUGGGUAUCAGAUUCCACGUCAACUUCAGAGUCUAAUGCAAUAAGCAGCAGCAAAUGCACACUCUGCUUGAGUAAUCGGCAAUACCCAACCGCUACAGCUUGUGGUCAUGUGUUCUGCUGGAAUUGCAUUAUGGAAUGGUGCAAUGAGAAGCCUGAGUGCCCACUCUGCCGUACCCCCAUAACUCAUUCAAGCUUAGUUUGUUUGUAUCAUUCAGACUUCUAGUAUAUGUGAUUACGGCGGACAAUGUCGAUAAUAAGCAGCCUUAAAGAGAAACAAGCUGGAAGCAACUAACUUGCGCUCUUUCUUCCCAUGCAUCAAGGAUUUUUGAGGUAUAAUCUGAGAAUAACGGUUUAGCAUAUGAUUUCCCCCAUGUUGACUACAGUUGUGGUCUUGGUAAAUGGAGACCUCAUUUUUUUUUUUUUUGGUAAUAGGAAUUAUGUUCUGUAAUGUGGUGUGCAAGGCUAGUGUCCACAUGCUGUGUGUUUAGAGCACAAUGUACUUGAUAGACAAUCCAUACAGGAAACAAAUCAUUGAUUCCAGACCCUUUGUAGAUUGAUUGCUUAUUGGGGUCGACUGGAAUAUUCCUAGUCUUUAUUUAUGCAGAGAGGAAAACAAAUAAAUUUUUAUGUAUUUUGGGAUGGGCAAAACCUAUCAUAAUUCUUAUCA